UCACUGUAGAGAGAGCGGUAAGCGCUUUUUUGCCGCAAACGUCAUAUUCUCUCUCCUCGGCAAUGACCCGAGCGCUGCAACUCUACUCCGCCGUCGCUUGCCGCCCCCUUCCGCCGAGGCUCCUCGACGGCUCUUGCCGGACCAAAGUGGCGGCGGCUAUGAACUCCUCGUCCCCAAGCCAUGGCAGGGAGGUGAAACUCAAGGCAGCCGAAUCCGAGUCCAGUGCUCGUUUCGAUAGGGUGCAGCAGCUUUUAAGGAGUGACCCAGCUGGUGGUUGGGAGAAAUGCUGGGAGGAAGGAGUUACCCCGUGGGAUUUGGGGAAACCGACGCCUAUUAUCGAACACCUUCACCGGAUUGGAGCCCUCCCUAAGGGCAGGGCACUUGUCCCAGGCUGUGGUACGGGUUAUGAUGUGGUGGCAAUUGCUUGCCCUGAACGCCAUGUUAUUGGACUCGACAUAUCAGAUAUUGCCAUCAAGAUAGCAGUAGAGGUUUCCUCGUCGCUGCCAAAUGCAAAUUAUUUUACCUUCCUGAAGGAGGACUUCUUCACUUGGCAACCAAAUGAAUUAUUUGAUUUGAUUUUUGACUAUACGUUCUUUUGUGCCAUCUGUCCGGAAAUGAGAUUAGCAUGGGCACAGCGGAUAGCAGAGUUGUUAAAAACUGAUGGCGAGCUCAUCACUCUGAUGUUUCCUAUCAGUGAUCACGUUGGCGGACCACCUUAUAAAGUAUCCGUAUCAGAUUAUGAAGAGGUGCUGCAUCCCAUGGGUUUUAAGGCAAUAUCUAUUGUGGAUAAUGAACUUGCUAUUGGUCCUCGAAAGGGACGGGAGAAGCUCGGAAGGUGGAAGAGGCUCUCCACCCAAUCUGCAUUUUGACGAUGCAGACCAUAUAUCAGAAGCAAGUACCUAUGUUUCGAUUCCUUCGCAGCAGAGGAGGUCACCUAUUCAUUUGUAACCAUCGGAGCUUCUCUUCCAUGUUUCAUAAAUUUAUUCUGUAUGUGGCAUGUCUUGUCAGAUACUCUUGCUGUGAUCCGUCGAUUGCAAUGAUAAAUGAAACUAUUGCAUUGUCAUUUA